CUUGACUACUAGCAAUUGAUUAGUUCUACCGACUCUUGUUUUACUCCAAAAUCACACACCCUUUCACAAUUCUAACGACACAUGCAUUCACACAAAUUUUCUAUGAGUAGGUAGCCGAGGUUCUCCCAGUAUCUUGCUAGUACUCGCGUAGUUUCUUUUCUUCAAUAUAUAUUAUUAUUUAUUGUCUCAUUUACCUCGUAUACCUUGCUUCAAAUUCUUUUAUUUUCUUUUUGAGCCAGAGAGUCUAUCGCAAACAACUAAAGAAGUCUGCGUACAUCUUAACCUUCCCGGACAAAGCGGAAUUGGGUACGUUAUUGUUGUUGUUGUUGUUUCUAAGAAAAUAUGGAGUGGGAAAAUCAGAAGCCACCGGAGACGGCGGAGGAAUUGAACGGAGGGAUGUUUGUGAAAGUGAUGAGUGAUGAGCAAAUGGAAGUGCUCCGCAAGCAAAUUGCAGUGUAUGGUGUGAUUUGUGAACAGCUUGUUCAGUUGCAUAAAUCUAUGGCCUCUCAACAUGAUCUUGCUGCAGGAACCAGGCUAGGGAAUCUAUAUUGUGAUCCACUAAUAACAUCAGCUGGACACAGAAUCAAUGGCAGACAUCGUUGGACUCCAACACCGGUGCAACUUCAAAUUCUUGAACGUAUAUUCGAUCAAGGCAAUGGAACACCAACCAAACAAAAAAUCAAAGAUAUAACCUUUGAAUUAUCUCAACAUGGACAAAUCUCCGAGACGAAUGUAUAUAAUUGGUUCCAAAAUAGACGUGCUCGAUCGAAAAGGAAACAACAAGUUGGUACAAAUUUAAACAACGUUGAGUCGGAAGUGGAGACGGAGGAGGUUGAAUCACCAAAUGAAAAGAAAACAAAGCCAGAGGAUUUGAUAUCUUCCAAGUCAGCUGAAAGUUUUGAUCAAUUGUCCUUCUAUGAAAUGUCUUCUAGUCCAGGAAUCAACGACAUAAUAGAAAAGAUGGAAGAGCCAGCCAGCUACCAUCCUUAUCUACAUCCAGAAAAUUACGACAUGACUAGUGGCUAACCAUCUAUUUACAGAGGCGGAGGCGGAACCAGUAAUUGAAGCUUAUGAGUUCUAGAUUUUACUCUUUUUAAGUUACCGAGUUCUAAAUUAAUAAUUUGUACAUAUUCAAUGAAAUUUUAAGAUAAGAUACAGAGUUUGAACAAAGUUACUGAGUUUGGCCGAACCUACAGGCCUAUUUGGAAAUUGGCAUAUAAAAACUUUGAUUGAGACAAGAAGCAAGGCAAACUCUUGCUAGAGUUUUUCAUUUACCCUUUGGCAACUGACGCUGAUUCUAUUGCAGAAUGUCUCUGAUUAUAUUUGAACAUGAUUAUAGGAACAACAAACAAUAGUAUAUACUAUAGCUUGGUGGUUUUCGUU